AUGGAGCCAGAUGAGCCUUAUCACUUAGCUUGGGAGCGUUUUCUGACCCUGAUUACCCGUUGUUCUCAGCAUGGUCUAUCUGACUGGGCGUUAGUAGAGAAGUUCUACAAUGGACUUACUCCUGAGAUUAGGGCUCGUUUCGAUACUUCAGCAGGAGGCCAGCUUAUGGGAAAGAAGACAGUGGCGGAGUGCAAUGAUUUAUUUGAGAGUUUUGCCCACUCCGAUAUGGACUACAGCACUACCAGCAGGACUUCCAUUCCUGUGCGUACCACCUCGGCCGGUCGAGGGGUAAACCAAGUUGGCUUGGAUUCAUCGGUAGCUGCUGCAGUCGAGAGAGCGAAGGAGGAAUUGAGGCAAGAGAUGAGGCAGGAGUUGAAUGAGAUAAAGAAGAAAGUCGAUAGGUGUGAGGUUUGUCGAGGGGGACAUGAUACCAUAGAUUGCCCCACGCUCACUCUUGAGCAGGUAGAGUACAUAGCCGGUCACCCUAGGGGUCCCACGAAACCGUUCAAUAAUUCUAGUUCCAACUGGCGCGGUAGUGGUAAUUCGAGUGGGUAUCGUUCGUCUGGAAAUCCUCCUGGAUUUUCAUCUGGUCAGUAUCAGAGUAGAGGGCCCGGUAUUUACACGCAGUCUAGUUCAGGGCAGUUCAGUGGGUCGGGGUCUAGUGGUCAGUUUUCGAGUGGAGGACCGCCUCAGGAGAGUCAUGGUGGUGGGAAAGCUCCUGAGGUUAGCACGAGUAGGUUAGAGGAGAUGUUUGCUCAGAUGAUGACGCGGAGCGAUGCAUUCAUGAAAAAUCAGGAGCAAAUUAACAAGAAUAACGACCUUCAAUUCAAGAAUCAGCAGGCCGCCCUCCUCGAUCUUCAGAGGACAGUAGGCGGACUUGCUAAGCAGUUACAGGAGCACCCACCGGGUCAGUUUUCGGGAAACACUUUCCCAAAUCCCGCGAAUCAGCAGCAGAAAUAUGCUCAGGAGUACGGGAAAUUCCUUGAGAUGUUUACUCAGUUGAAGAUCAAUCUUCCGUUCAUCGAGGCACUUCAGGCUAUGCCUAAGUACGCGAAAUUUCUUAAGGAUCUUUUGAAGCGUAAGGAGAGAAUCGGUGAGCUUUCGAAUAUUCCAUUGACAGGGGGUUGUUCCGCGGUAGUCUUGAAUAAGCUACCAGAGAAGUUGACCGACCCUGGCACAUUCACGAUUCCAUGUUUCUUUGGGGGAGCCGCUACCCCUUCUCACACCUUAGCCGAUUUAGGGGCCAGCAUCAAUUUGAUGCCAUUCUCGUUGUAUGAGCGUCUUGGUCUAGGAGAGCUUACACCCACGCGCAUGUCAUUGUCCUUGGCUGACUGA